GUGAACUGGACGGACCUACGUUGACUUUCACUUUCGUCAUCAGCAAAACCUGGCAUAGGAAACAAGAAAAAUAGAAAAAAUUACCGGAAGACGCCACGCCAAUCCGCCAAUCACUCAGCAACAUAGACACUAGAAACCGAAAGUAACUCCUGACUCCAAGUGAAAAGUCAAUAAUAAGCCUCCCUCUUGGUAAGGAUUUGAAACUCAAUGCAAGGCAAGAGCCUGAAGAAACAUCAGUGUAAAUGGAAUGUUCAGAAUACGUUUGGAACCAAGACAUUGAAAGCUCCGGAAAAGGGUGUAAAGAAAACGAAGUUCAGUGAACAGGACAGUAUCAAGGUUAUUAAAUUCCUGGAUGGCUGCCCAGGCCCACAGAGAACUCUGACGGUGGCCCAGGCGUGUCAGUAUCAGACGUCGAAGCAGAUCAACCCGACUCUGUAUGGACUGAAACGCAGUGGGCUAGUGGUGUUGGUACAGGAACAGCCACCGACGUGGGCUCUUGCUGGCCAUGUGACCUCGCAGCAGGGGAAGAGUUGGGAUGAAGGUGCCGUUUUAGGAAAUAAGAUGAUGCAGGGGUAUAAUCCACGGGGAAGGGGUAGAGGAAGAGGAAUUCUCCAUCUUGAAGAGCAAUUCUUUUGCGGCAGAGGGAGUGGGUUCAGAGAAGCAGGAGGACAAGAUGGUAGGGGGCACAGAAGAGGACGAGGUAGGCGGGGAGCAGAAAGGGGUCGUGGGGGGUGGGGGAGAGGCUCUCAGAAUGAUGAGUGGAAUGGGCGUGGUAGAGGUUUUGGAAGAGGAGGAGGCUUUCAACGAGGCCGUGGCCUGUAUGGGUACAGCAGCAACAGUGACAACCGCCAGCCUCCUUUUUAUCAUGGCUACCAUGAAAACAACUACCCAUCUUCGUCUUGGAACAACAACAACGGUGAAAUGCGUGACACUCUGUCCAACAACCAGAACACGAGGCUUCCUGUCAACAGAUACAACGCUUCUCGGCCUGCCUGGCAGAGUGGACAUGAUUCCGGUGCAAGUCCAUCUACAUCUGCUCCUGGGGCUUAUGCUGAACGAAGUCAAGGGAAUCAGAGACCUGCCAAGAGAGACUCCCGGACUCCGGAGAAUGAUGGCCAAAUGCUAAAUACAGCUUCAGGCAGUAGCAGUAGCAGAACGACGACAAGGGAGACAAAUGCGAAACCCAUGUCGAGUCUGACCAACCACGCAAACAUGUUCAAGAAAACUGGCAAGGACAGCUCUGCUCCAGGAGCCUAUCGGUCCGAGGAAAGAGUGCUGGACCAAUUAGAGCACAGUGCAGAGCAGCGUUGGGAGGUCUUCGACAACAACAGAGGAGCGCCAGUAGCCGGCGACAGCCAGUCUGACUCAUCCGUGCUCAUGCCGGAAGAUUUCGCCCGGGGAGCACCCCCAGCAUCCGCCAGUCAUUACAGUGGAGGCGUUGCAGAUCCAGUCCCAUCCCUUGACAACAAACAAAGCAUGGAGUUGUGUGACUACGAGUGUGUGAGUGGUGUUCAGAAACGUUUGCCAGACCAGGCCUCUAGUACUGAAGAGUCGAGCCAUUACACGCCUGAUGUCUCGGAGACUGAAGAUUGGGGAGGGUCAUCGAUGCCAUGUGAUGACGAAGAGGAUGAUGAGGAUGAUGAUGAGGAGGAGGACACGUUGUAUGUGAGGAUAAAAGAUUUUUGUAAUGUGUUGGACUUCAGCGAGUUUAAUUUGGCCACAGAGCCGGAGAUGGAGAGUGAUCGUUUUAGCAGCUAUGGGGAAGAAUAUAAUGAGCAGGGGUAUGAAGAGGAAGACUGGGGAGGUGUUACGGAGGAUACUUUGCAGGACGCUGGUGCUGCCGGACUUGAGGGGCAGUCUCAGGGUGGAAUUUUGGAAGAUGGACGGGGUGUUGUUGAAACUCACAGGACAGACGAGACCCUGUUGGAGCAACAACUUCUCUCAGCUUUAGCAUCAAGUCGUCUGAUGACUCUGACUGUGCCAGUUCUCACCACUAGGCUGAAAGCCCGAAAGGAGACCGUGGAGGAUGUUCUUGCAGAGUGUGCUCAAGAAGAACUCGUGACAUUCAUCUCCGCUACCAAUGAGGUCAUGCUGACAGCCAAAGGUCAAAAUCAAUGCCAACUUCAGAACAGUAAAGAUUUCAAGACGCCAGUGAAGCAAGAAUUAAACAAUGGUCCUCCCCCUCUAAACCCUGCAAGGCUGAUUUCGUCGGACACUGCAUUUAGCACAAGCCUCGGGGACGUUCGCCUGCCUCUUGGAAGAGGACAGUCAUGGUCAUCAUUACAGACACACAGUACCACAUCACAUGACCACAACGAAAGGAACACAACAGUGAAACUUCCUCCAUCAUGUGUGCCAGUGGCCAACCCAGCUUUCCGACAGUCUGCAUCUGUGGUGCCUCCUCAUACUGGAAUGGUACAGAGCAGUUUUAAGAACCUGUCAGACUCAAGUGCUGUACCGUCAGAGCGUUCAGCCUUCACGAGGGUCACACCUUCCUCAUCCUCUUCCUCACCUCACGCUGAAACAUUGGUCCUGGACAGACCUCAGAGUUUUUCUGCUCAGGGACCCGGCAAGUUCCCUCAUCAACUCACGACCCAAAUGGGUGCAUCUGGAGGAGCCUUAUACUCGCUUCCUGCUGGCCAGCCUUCUAACUCACAUCUGACAUUCGGGCAGCAGCUCAAGAAAGAGACGGGAAUCAACUUCCCAGGAGUAGAGUAUCUGGUCCUUACUGACAAAGCUGGCUUUCAGCAGGCUGCAGCCUUUGGUGCUCCAAGAGGACCGUCUGACUUGUCCGGGACGGCGUCUUCUCUGGCAACAUCAGCACAGCAGGCUCUCGGAGCUGCUAGGCGCCCCCCACUGUUGACUACCCCACAUGGCAGCGGGAAAGUGCUUAAUCCUCCAGGGUUCUUGAAUAGAGACGCGGCAGACAGAGCUCCUUUGUUGCCAAACCCAUUUGACAAAUCAGCAGCAGCAGCGACCUCCAGUCCGCAACAAGUUACCGCCUACACCCCUCAAGGUCCUGCUCAGCCUGCUGCUGCCCCAGGAGGAGCCCUUGAGAUCACCAGCGAGAGUUUCGCCGCCCUCAACAAGAAUCCAAUCAGUGCCCUCAUGGAGUACGCCCAGUCUCGCCACGUACCUGCCCGCAUUGAUGUGCUCAGCCAGAGUGGUCCUCCUCACAAACCUACUUUUGUGGUGGCUGCUGUUGUGGGCAGUCGUCAGUUUCCGGGAAUCACGCACAGCAACAAGAAGGAUGGACGAAAGGAUGCAGCAGAGCAGGCCAUUCGCAUGCUGAUUGCAGAGGGGCAGUACCAGAUGCCUCAACAAGUUGGUGUGCUAAAAAUCCCAGAGUCACAAAUGACGUUGUUUGACAAGAUAGCAGCUUUGACUCAUCAGAAGUUCAACAGUCUAAUUGCGACGGUAGCCGAAACACUAACAGGGAGGAAGGUCAUCGCUGGUCUGGUCAUGAAGAUGGAUGAUUUAGAUAAAGGAACGGUCAUUGCCAUUGGUUCUGGUAAUCGUUGUGUCACUGGAGACAAACUGAGUCUUCAUGGGCACACAGUGAAUGAUUGCCAUGCUGAGGUCAUCACACGCAGAGGAUUUAUGAGGUUUCUGUACCAGCAGUUGCAGACGUACCAGCUGGGCAAGGACCACCCCCUGUUUGAGCCUUCCCAGUCAGGCAAAUUGAAAGUCAAGGACUCCGUGACCUUUCACCUGUACAUAUCGACGGCACCCUGUGGAGAUGGUGCUCUCUUCUCUCCACGGGAUGUCAAGUCGAACAGCGGUCCAUCAUCUGAAGCAUACAAUCACCACAGACCCACAGUGGGUGGCAGUGCACAGGGACUUCUGAGGACAAAGAUGGAGGGAGGUGAAGGCACAAUUCCGAUCAACUCAAGUGAUGGCUGCCAAACCUGGGAUGGCAUUCUGCGAGGCGAGCGGCUGCGCACCAUGUCAUGCAGUGACAAGAUUUGUCGUUGGAAUGUCCUGGGCAUGCAGGGAGCAUUGCUUUCCCAUUUCCUGGACCCAGUCUACAUGCAUUCCUUAACUCUCGGCUACCUGUACGAUCACGGACACCUGUCCCGCGCUGUGUGCUGCCGACUCAAUCGUAGCCACCCGUCCCUAGACGACGAGCUGCCGUCCACCUACCAACUGCACCACCCACUGCUGGGCCGCGUGACGGCCUGCGACCCACCGAGAGAGACGCAGAAGACCAAGUCGUACAGUGUAAACUGGACAUACGACGAUGCCCGGCCAGAGGUGCUGGAAGGCAAUACGGGGAGGUUACCCUCUGGUGAAUCUGAAACGUCAAAGUCGAGACUUUCUAAAUCGGAUUUGUACAACAUGUUCAAGGCCACAUGCCAGCACUUCGGCCAAGAGGGGCUGGUCUCAAACCCCAACUAUCUGCAGGCCAAGCGAAGAAGCCAGGACUUCCUUCAGGCCAAGAUAUUGAUGUUUGAGAAGUUUCAACAGUUAGGUUAUGGGAAAUGGGUGUCAAAACCAGAGGAGGAGAAGGUUUUCUCUUAAUCUCUGCCCGCAACUGCGGAAACCAAGGGCACCCCAAUUGGCAAUUCUGAGCCUGAAGAGAUCUGCUAUUGCAACAAUCAGCUGACUGUGUUGGCUUGCAGAUUUGGCAGUCGAUCUUGGUGACUUAUUCAGCUUUCUGUGAUGCUGUAGCCUCCCCUCCUCCCACCCUUCACACUGGUGGUAUUCAGUUAUCCAACAUACGGAAACUAAAAAUAGAGAAGGGGUAGGGGCGUAAGUUUGCCGACCAUGCAGAUUUCACAGUCAAUCUUGGUGACUCGCUACAUUUUGCUGGCUGAUAUCGCUCAGCUUGUUAUGAACUUGUCUAACAUCCAGAAGCUAAAAAUGCAGGGACUAAAUCUUACCAAUUGUUCCUGAAAGAUAACCUCUCCCUUCCUGUUGUCAUGUCAGGUGACCAGUUGCUUUGCCUUUCAUCUUGUCCUCAUUUUGCGUACAGUAAAGUGUUGAAUUUUAGCAAGAAAAAAUUGUGAACUUUUACUGCUCACAUGUUUAAAUCAAGCCAAUUCCUGCAGAUGACACUCAGUUCGAGAUUUGCCAUAUCUGUAUUUUUUUUCCCCUCGAGGAUUUUAGACUCAAAUGGUAUGGAUGCUUUUCUAUCUGGUUGUGUAAAAUGACUUAAAAGAUGAUAAAAAGUCGGGAAAGAUUUUUUUGUUGCCAGUCCAUAAUACAUUUUAUCCUCAAAAUCCCUGAUCUUAUUGCCCGUUUUUUUUAAGGUCAUAUUAUUCUGCACUGAGAAUAUCCAAUAAGGCUAAAGAAAUUAACUUAAUUUUUUAUUAGUUGCUGUAGAUUUAACAGAACAAUAUUCUUAAAUUUUCAAAACUUAAACAGCACAUUGGCUAUAAAUGUAUUAACUCUAAGUUCUUGACCUUUUUAAAAAAAAAGCGCUCUCACCAUGCUUAAAAGAUUUGUCACUAUGUAAAUCCACGCCUGUCUUUGCCAGACCUUUCCACAAAUUUGUAGAAGGUGCUCAAUCGGAAAUGCUUCCUAUAUAAAAUCCAAAGACUUCAUUAUUUAUUUACACCAUCUUAACCCUAUUCACCCUGUGUUGCCGUGAGCAGUGCACUUGUGUCCACCUGGCUUGCCGCGAGUGGGGGAAAAGAUUGGUCUGAACUCGACACACUAACGUUAGACACGCAUUGUGCCUAAACUAUCUAAGCUUUCAAUAUAUGAAAUUCCUUUUAGAUUUUACUUAAAAUGUUAUUUUAAUUUUAUUAGAGAGAAAGGAGAAGGAAAGAGCAGAGAAAAAAAUAUAUUCUUCGUCCGAUUGCGACUCAUCACCGCUCGAUUCACCCUUAGCAACUUAUAGUAAAUCUCUGGUCUAGAUCUAGCUAUGGUCUAGAUCAAAAUUAAAAACAUGGUUCAUGUAUUUUACAAACUCAAAAAUAGGCCACAUGUUUUUUGUGGUUGUUUUUUCUUCUUCUUGUCCAUGAAGAUUUCAGUGCUCGCUUUCUUGCCAUGAUCUGCGGUGAUGUGACAAAACAACAAAAUUAUCUCGUACUUGGCGAAAAACUGGGUCAGAACAAGCUAGCCAAAGUUUUUACAAGCUAGAAGCGACCUAUUAUUUUCUAUAGAAACCUGGAUAAGUGAUUCCGACUCGAUUUUGUUGACUGGUAUUUUGAUACGACUAUUGUCAUAGCUCAGUGGGCUGAAGCGGGCGGCAACUACGAGUAUACUCGGGUGCAAUGGGUUAAAAGGAAAGUCAUAAUCAGAAUGAGAAACAAAAUAUGUCAUAUCAUCUUCAAAGAAGAGAUAAUGCCCAGAUAGCUGAUCAUUACAAAGUGAAUGAAGAUCGACUCCUCGUUUUGCAUCUACUUAUUGUUUGGGGAAACUUGUCCUCAAGCAAUAAAAUUUUGUGUCAGUUUUGUCCCUAAACUUGACAUGUUUGGAUACCUACGAAGGUCAGACUGCAGUAUGGGAGUUCCCUUGGUUUCCGAUUGCCUGGACAAAGACUGAAGAGAAGGACUCUUUCCAAGGGUUGUGGGCAGCUCCAAAUGAUUUUCCCCAAAUGUGUUGAGUGUUCCCUGAUUUCCAUGAUUCCCCUGGUCCUAGCUGUUUCUGAGUGUAGUGUACUUGGUCCUGCUGGUCUGUGGGUUCUUUCUGAUGAAUUGUCGGGGGGGUUAAAUUCUUUUUUUACCCCUUCCAUGAUAUUGCAUUUGUAGAACUUGGGUUUUGUUGGACUUUAUUUUCUUAUUUGAAAGAAAUUAUAUUGUGUUUAUAUCUGAUUUUUCUUUGUUACGUGUGUACAAUUUUUGUCAGAAAGAAUUUUUUGUUUCAUAUGAUCAGGGGGAGAGAAGACUGUCUGUUAGGUAGUUACUUUUUUAAAGGAUUAAAUUACAGACGGAACUCAUGUUUGUGUAUUAAUUAAGUGAAUGUGUGUGGUUUUAUUUAUCUAAUUUCAUUUUUUUUUCUUUUUUUUUUUUGGACACUAUUUUUAAAAGACUGUCUCUUGUUUGUUAAUGAAACAGACCAAGAAACUUUUUUAUUUUAUUGCAAUUUAUUACUCUUUCUUGACAAUAUAAGUAUGGAAAAGAUAAGAAAUCUGCGUCUGUUGGGUUGAUGAAUUUAUUACCUUUGGGAGCAUGCCCUUAGUGUACAAAAUUUUGAUUAAGCUUUAUGAACUAUUAUUAAAACUUGAGAGUUAAGUUAAGAGAACAAUUAGCAUCUUGCACUUCUCUCAUGUACAUAGAUGUACAUAAGUAUAAACAGAUUCCCAUUGGAGUUGAGGUCUUGAAAGUAGAAUGUAGAGAGCAUUGUCUGGACAGUUCAUGGGAGAUAAAAAUAAUGAAGGAAUCUUUAUUUUUUUCAUCACAUUAACAGCUAUUUUUACUUGUUGCUUUGGUUCUUGGGCAUAUGUUUGAUGCUAACUAAGAAUAAGAACCCCUUGUGGUUAUUCUGCCAUAAAAAGUUGUCAUACUUACUAAAAAAUGUUGUUAUUUAAUGGAAAUAUUUUUUUUUCAAUAAAGAGAUAUUGAAUUUGG